CACUAUGCACAUACGCGAUGCAGCAUAAACGGCUCCGCCCCUUGGCGAUCUCUCACCGCGGAGCAUGGCACUCUCCGAUUGAGUGGAGGAACGAACGACGACGACGAACGGACCCAGCAGGCUGGCUAGGCAGCCAGCAGCAUUGCCGCGGGUCGUUUGGAGAAACAGUUCACGUUUCAACGCUGUUCGGGUCAGUAUCGCGCGUGUUUAUGCUCCGCGGCGUUUGUGUGUCGGAUUUUGUGUGGUGCGCUGCUGCAGCAAAGCAAUACCAGGCAUUGACUCGCGGUCAUCACAGCAGGCGGGCCCCGAGUGCUUGAUGGUGGUGAAGGAGAGAAGCAGAAACAAGGAGCGCACAGCGGCAGUUGUCGGAGCGUGUGUGUGACAAUAAUCGUAAUCAUAAUCAUAGUAGGCUAAUUUAUUGGAUAUCUUCCGACUUGGUGUGAAGUGCCCGGGCAUUGUUGGUUGUUGGGUUCGCCGUUGCGCGUAUUGUUGUUUGGUGCGAGGUGGCGCGCGCGCGGUUUUCGGUGCGGAUGAUACGCGCGCACGAGCGACGACGAGGAGUGCAACGACGUUUCUUAUCUCGCGAUUUCCGUUAUUGUAUUACACACUACUGUUGCCGCCCGGCUGCGUCCCAGUGUGCCAAGUCCAACAACAAGUACCAAAUUGGUCCCCAUUGAUGUGCCUGUGUGUGAGAAAAGCAAUGCAAUCGAAUUAAAUUGUUACUCUUUUAUCGGAGCCGAGCCGAGCCAAACCAAAAGAGUGAAGAAAAGUGCCGUCGGCGAUCGUUCUUUUGAGCGCAGGUGAUCGCAGCGUACUCGGAUUGUCCUCACCGCCCCUUGGAAGAAUACACGUAGUGGCAGUAAGCGCUGAAGAAGAGUGCCUCUGUAAUGACCAUGUGUGAUAAGUGAUCGUCCUCCGUACGGUCACAGCCUGCUGCCUGCAACAAGUGUCGUCCUGCGUACAAAUUACAGUGUAUUGUGAGUUGAUUGGAAAAAGUCAAUCGAGCGGGAAAUAAGGUGAUUCUGGCGAAAAGUAAAAGCCCUUGAUUACUUUUGGGGCGUAAUCGAAGGAGGCCGCGCGCGAAAGGUGUAACAGAAAAUGAUAAUAAAUUUGGUGGAACCACUCAUUAGUGGCGACGAGAAGUGACGACAGUUUGCUGACAACAACGGUGGCACACGAUCACACGAUCGCGCGCAAGUGUUUCAUUCUCCGGGGAGGAAUUUUGGAGAAUUGAAAGCUCGAAAUUUGGGGUUCCCAUCGCGAUCGUCGCCUGCUAUUGUUCGAAUCUAGUGCACCCGCGUAACGUCGCGCAGAAAUAUACACCAAACCCCAUGAAUCGUAGGAACCGGUGGCACAAGAAGAGGCGGAAGAGUUCCGAAGAAGAAUGCGGCACAUUAGAAGCAUAAUCAGAGGCGGCCGAACGAAAACGGGUGUUUGAGAAAUUCAAAAAGUAAAAAAACGGGGAGUGCGAACAAGUGAUGAAUUCAAUUCGGUCCGGAACAAGAAACUGCAAGUGGAAAAAAGUGGUAGCGGAACUGAAUUGAAGACGGCGACAAUUGAAGCGACAACAAGCAGCAACAACAACGGAAACAACGAAAACUGCUGCCCGGCUGCUCAAACGAGCUGGAUUUAGUGCAAAUCUCGGCGGAAGCAGCAAGCGGAGGCAGUAGCUAGCUGAUCGGAUUGAUUUCGAGUGGGGGAUUGAGAAGUGGAAGUAGUGGAAGAAGAAGAAGGCUCGAGAGGAAGUUGACAGUGGUGUUGUGCACCUGCAAACAACGAGGAGGAGGAUGAGAAAGAUGGCCAUCGGUGGUAGCGUGCACACGUGGACCAGUGUCUUCAUCGUACUAUUAUCUGUGAUCUCAAUGGCUUCCUCAUCGGGCUUCUUCGAGAUGCAAAUUCUGGAGAUAGCCAACACCGAUAGCCAUCUUCUGUCCGGAUACUGCUGCGGUCUGCCGGCGGCGAAGCAGCGAACACAAACAACCGGAUGUCCGGCAUGUGCAACGGCGUUUCGGUUGUGCCUCAAAGAGUACCAGGGCACGACGUCGGCCAGUGGCCAGCAGCAGCUGCUGAAAAAGCAGGCGCAACAAAAGCAGCAGCAGCAGCAGGGUGGUGGUGCAGCGGCAGCAGCAGCGGAAGCCCUGCUGCUGGCCGACGAACCGCAAACGACGGCGGCGGCGUCGGCCAUGUACGGGUGUGCCUUCGGGAAUGCCAGCACGCCGACCCUCGGCGGGUCCAGUUUCGUCCUGUCCGACUCGGAAGUCGGCCGGGUCACGCUGCCCUUCACGUUCCGGUGGACGAAAUCGUUCACGCUCAUUCUGCAAGCCCUGGACAUGUACAACGAGUCCUAUCCAAUCGCCGACCGGUUGAUCGAGGAGACCUCGUUCUCCGGUGUCAUUCUGCCGUCGCACGAAUGGAAUACAUUAGAUCACACGGGGAAGAACGCCCGGAUCACGUAUCGGGUCCGGGUGCAGUGCGCCGACAACUACUACAACACGACCUGUACGACGUUCUGCCGGCCCCGGAACGACCAGUUCGGGCACUAUACCUGCGGCGAGCAGGGCAACAAGGUGUGCCUACCGGGCUGGCAGGGCGCCAACUGUGAGAAAGCGAUCUGCAAGCCGGGAUGUGACCAAAUACACGGCAAAUGUGACCAGCCCGGGGGAUGCGAAUGUCGCCCCGGAUGGCGGGGGCCACUUUGCAACGAGUGCAUGGUCUACCCGGGCUGUCGCCAUGGCUACUGCAACGGUAGCGCCUGGCAGUGCAUCUGUGAUACUAACUGGGGCGGGAUUCUGUGCGAUCAAGAUCUCAACUACUGCGGAACGCACGAGCCGUGCAUGCACGGCGGAACCUGCGAGAACACCGCUCCGGAUCAGUACCGGUGCACCUGUGCCGAGGGCCUGUCGGGAACGCGCUGUGAGAUUGUGGAGCAUCCGUGUGCACCGCAGCCGUGCCGGAACGGCGGGACCUGUACCCUGACCGGAAGCGGUCUGGGCCGGGCGACGGACGACAAGUCGGCGGAAGCGACCAGCAGUGCGCCGAUCAUCGUCCGGGGGAUGCGGGGGAUGAGCUCGAUGGGGAAACCUUUUGGGAGGAGUAGUGGUGGAGGGAGUGGAGGAAGCGGAGGAGAUGAUGCGUCGUCUUCGUCUUCGUCGUCGUCAGCGUCGAGCAAGGAGCUAUUGUUGCAGCCGCAGCCGAUCAAAGAUUUCAUCUGUAGCUGCGCGCCCGGAUGGACCGGGCCGACCUGCGAGAUAAACAUUGACGAAUGCGCGGAAGGACCCUGUCAGAACGGCGGAACCUGCAUCGAUAUGGUGGGGAAGUUUCGCUGCGAAUGUCCACCGCAAUGGACGGGAGAAACCUGCAACAUCGACGUAGACGAGUGCGAAACGAACGUCGCGUCCGGGCUGGGACCGUGCAUCAACGCCGAGUCCUGCCGGAACCUGCCCGGAUCGUUCCAGUGCAGCUGCCUGGAGGGCUGGGGCGGUCCAACGUGCGCCCAGAAUCUCGAUGACUGCGUCGGCCGGUGCAAAAACGGUGCCACCUGUAUCGAUCUGGUAAACGACUACCACUGCGCGUGCGCCGUGGGCUACACCGGUCGUGACUGCAGUACCGAUAUCAACGAGUGCGCCAACUUCCCCUGCCGCAACGGGGGCGAGUGCGUCGAUCUGAUCGGCAACUUCAAGUGCAUCUGCCCGCUCGGCUACUCCGGGACGCUGUGUGAGGAGGCGAAAGAUCAUUGCACCUCGUCGCCGUGCCUGGAGGGACGGUGUCUGAACACUCCCGGCGGUUACUAUUGUCACUGUCCGCCGGGGCGAGCCGGCAAGCACUGCGAGUUCCUGCGGAUGCCGUGCGAUUCGCCACCCUGCUUUAACGAUGGCUGCACGAUGUCGAACGAAAGCUCCGGUGGUGGUGGUUCGACUGCGUUGACCCCGUGCAGCGGCCGUGGGAAAUGCGAAUCCGGCACGCUGGGAUCGAGCUGCGUCUGUCAGACCGGUUUCACCGGGCCCUUCUGUCAGCACAAUGUUAACGAGUGCUUCUCGAAUCCCUGUAAGAACAGUGGGAUCUGCAUCGACGGGGAUGCGGACUACACGUGCGAGUGUCCUCCCGGUUGGACGGGGAAGAACUGUGCGGAUCGGGCCGUACAGUGCCUUCCCGGGCAGUGCCUGAACGGAGGAUCGUGUAUCCUGUCGCCGAUCUCCGGGAUAUCGCAGUGUCGGUGUACCCUUGGAUGGGGAGGGCCGUUCUGCAACGAACCGGUGGAUCAGUGCCAGGGUCAGCCGUGUCACAACGGAGGAACGUGCGAGUCCGGUCCCGGGUGGUUCCGGUGCCUUUGUGCGCGGGGCUUUUCCGGUCCGGACUGUCGAAUCAACGUGAACGAGUGUUCGCCGCAGCCGUGUCUAGGUGGCGCCACGUGCAAGGACGGGAUCGGAGGCUUCACGUGCAUCUGUCCCGUUGGACGGAGGGGCGUACGGUGUGAAAUUCUACUGUCGGACCCCUCGUCGGUCUGCUCGAACACGACGACCAACUCGCCGUACGACCCGCUGGUGACGAGCGACUCGUCGGCGCCUACUGCGCCCAUCGACGAGAGCAACUGCAAUUCGUGCGUCUGCGUCAACGGAAAGCCGCGCUGUUCGAACAUGUGGUGCGGCCUGCGGAACUGUCUGAACAAGAACCUCUCGAACAGCGCCUGCGAAAGCCAUCAGGUGUGUGUACCGGCGGCGCAGGAAAGCUGCUUGGCGCCGCCCUGUGCACCCCGUGGAGACUGCCGGACGUUCGAGCCGUCGCGGAGGGUCGCUCCGCCACGGAUACCGGCCCCGAUCGAUUGCUGGCCGAAUCAGGCCACCCUCGGAACGCACUGCGCCCGGAUAUCGAUCCUGAUGGAGCUGAAUCGGCUGUCGCGGGGCACCUCGGUGGACGGCAUGUGCCACCUGCUCCGGUUGCAGCUCGGCGAAAAGCUCGUCAAGAGCCCCUCGGUCGACGUGACGGUGUUCGUGGUGGUGAUGUGCGACCUAAAGGCAGGCACCAACGACACGAUCGAGGUCACUCUGUCAACUCCAACCGACAGCAGCAACAGUGCGUCCAGUCCCCUCACGGAAGCGGUCCGCCUCCUGGCGGAGAUCCUCUCCCGUCAACAGGGCGUCCAGAACGACUCCUUUCAGACGGACGUGGCCGAGGCAGCCCCGCUCACCUCCAUUCUCGAGGUCAAAGUAGAGACCGCCCUCAUCAACGAAACCACCGCCGCAUCCAACUACCUGAUCGCAGUAGGCUUCGGCAUUGCCAUAGUGGCACUCUGCGUGGGUGCCUUCGUUGCGCUCGUCUGGCGCCAGAAGCUCCAAAGCCACACCGGUUCCGGAACCAAUCUCACCCCUCACAUGGAUCUCUCGCGAAGUCACGAAGAGGAAAAGAGCAACAACCUUCAGAACGAGGAGAACUUCCGGAGGUACGCCAACCCCCUCAAGGGCAGUGCCAGCUCUCUGCGAGGUGCCAUGGAACUCAGCCUGAACCCGGCGCCGGAGAUCAACCAAAUCGCCGGUCCCAGCACCGUCCAUCGGUCGCAGCAGCUGUACCCCAGCUGCGGCAACGAUGCCGAGUUCGAGAAGGACCCGGAGAAGCAGAAGGCGGCCAACCGCAACUCGCACAUCCUGCUGCACAAAACGCAGAACUCCGACAUCACCAAGAACAUCGUCAGCUCCAUCGAGAGCCAACACAAAGACUUUGGCAAGCGAAGCAUCAACGAGCACACGGCGCCCGGCGGCGUCGCGAUGCCUCCCCCUUCGACGCCCAGCAGUGCCUCCUCAGCGGUGCCAGUGAACGGCUCGGCCGUCGGGGUGAGUAGCGUAGCAACGGCACCCAGCAGUACGGCGCCUACUGCGAUGCUCGAUUCCGAUGUUCUCACUGUACAUGUGUAAGUGUGGGCGCGCCCGCGCCCCGCCUACUUAGAUUAGAUCGACUAUUUUUCAUGAGCUCUCGAUUCUCAUCUGCUGAGCAAUACGGAAAAGUGAGAUUCUCAUUUUUUUUUUAAAUAGGACUUAUUUUAUUUUCUAGAAUUUUUUAAAGUAUUUAUUUGCCUUCCCUCUCACUCAUACACGCACAAAGCGAACCGCGUAGACUUGAUUGUUGACAUUAUAAUAUAUGCAUGCAUCGUGUAAAUAUAGGAAGUUGACGAACCGCCGAACUGUAUGCCGUUGAAGAAUGAGUGCAUUUUCCGUACUUUGAAGAGAGAGUAAAAUGACAACGAAAGCCGCUUAGAGUGUACAGUUUAAUGUAAUGUGAUAUUAAAUAAGGAGAAGCAAUAUAUUUCUUUUAGGUUGAACGAACGAACGAAAGAUCGGGAUAAAACAGAAAGAAAGAGAGCGAGAGAGCGCGAGGAAUCACAAAUUAUUUAUCGCGUCGCGUUCGCUGAACGCGAACGUAACUUAAUUCCAAGUUUUUUUCGUCGCAAAAAAACUUAUCUAACGGACAAAUUUCGCUUUUUUGAGUGAAUAAAAAGCGGAACAAUUUGGCGCCAUCUGUGUAAAUAGCGAAAAAAAAAACGAUAAAAACGAACAAAAAGUGACACUUAAACGAUAACUCAUUACAAAUCUACAGACGAAAACUAAUUUAACACAAGUAGGCGUUAAGAAUCUCAAAAAGCGAAUAGGAAAUGUGAAGUUUUUAUACUGAAUAAAAUAGUUCCUUGUUUAGUUACGGUCGUUUUAGCCUAGAAUGCUUGAAUAGUUUUUAAGCGGAAGUAAAUAUACGAAAAGAAAACUUUGUACAGAGAGUAAAUCAACUAAGUUCUCCCCAGUAGCCAGAGAUUUAUUUUUAUGAAUGAUAGACGACGUACUCAAGCUGAAAAGCGGCGACUUGUAGAUAUAGAGAGAGCUGAAUCACACGCGGAUGACGACGGAAUCUGACUGUGAUCGAAUCAAUAUUAAUUUUUGUGGCGUCAACUUGUAAAACAAUAGCUGAAGAAAUCCAGUUUUUCGAAAGGGAGUGGUGUCACACCCCUCGAUGUAAAUAGAACACACACACACUGUAAAAAGAUGCAUUUUUUUUCGAUAAGGAGCUAGAAUAUUUUUUAUUUGUUUACACGCAUCCAAGCAACCCUAGAGAAAGAAGAAAAA